AACAUGAACAAUCAGACGUCCAUAUCCACUUUUCUGCUGCUGGAAUUUUCACAUGUCCGGGAACUACAGAUUCUACAUUUUGUUGUGUUCCUAGCACUGUACAUGAUGACACUAACAGGAAAUCUUCUCAUCAUCAUUGCAAUUGCACUUGAUUCUCACCUACAUACUCCCAUGUACUUCUUCCUGUUCAGUCUGGCCAUUUUGGACAUGGGCUCAGUAUCUGUCACAGUGCCCAACUCUAUGGCUAUGUCUCUCAUCAAUAGUGGGUCAAUUUCUUAUUCUGGAUGUGUAGCUCAGGUUUUCUUUUGCUUCUUCUUUCUGACAUCAGAUUUUGUUGUUUUAACUAUAAUGGCCCAUGAUCGUCACAUUGCAAUCUGCAGCCCACUCCAGUAUGAGAGGAUUAUGCACAAAGGAGCCUGUUUACAGAUGAUUGCCAUUGCGUUAAUUUCCAGUCUUAUUUAUGCCACUGUACAUACUUGUGGUACUUUUGCAAAUACCUUCUGUUCCAAUCGUGUCAAUCAGUUCUUCUGUGAAGUCCCACAUUUAUUAAAGCUCUCCUGUUCAGACCUUUAUUUAGUGGAAACUGGUUUUCUACUAUUGGGAUGCAGCAUGACAUUAGGAUGCUUUGUCUUCAUCAUUAUAACCUACAUGCAGGUUUUUGGUACAGUUUUCAGAAUCCCUUCUGUACACGGUCAGAAAAAAGCCCUCUCCACAUGUUUUCCCCACCUCACUGUAGUCACACUGUUCAUAUCCAGUGGGAUCUUUGCCUAUGCAAGACCUCCUAGUGGUACUUCAUCCACUCUUGACAUAGUUUUUGCUGUGAUAUAUGCUAUAAUACCUCCUUUGUCAAAUCCAUUCAUUUAUAGCAUGAGAAACAAGGAUCUCAAGACUGCUUUGAAGAAAUUGUUAGAUAGCAGGCUCUUUUUCCAGUGUCAUAUUGUUUUUUCUCCUGUUGGGACUGGAACAUGUCCAGGAAUACAGUCCCAUAGCUUAUCAGUGACAGCUCAGCUUGAUGGAGUCUCCAGGUGA